AGAUUGCAUCAGCCAGGCCAAGGGGCUGGAGCUCUGCUCUGUGCGGAGACACAGGCUUAUAAGCAGGGUCCAGGAGCCGGGAGAGGAGAGGAGAGGCGAGUCGACACAAAGGAAGGAGACCGUGCGCGCGCCUGGGCCACACAGGAUGGCCACCCUGCCGCCUGCAGCCAGCCCCUCCCAGCAGCCCCUGGGCCCCGAGAACAACGAGGGUAGCCUGGAUGAGUAUGAUCUCUACAGCCUGGCCGACCCCUGUCCGGGAGGGGGAGGUCGGAAAGGUCGCAGCAAGAGAGAGGCUGCGGCCAACACCAACCGCCCCAGUCCUGGUGGGCACGAGAGGAAACUGGUGACCAAGUUCCAGAACUCGGAGAGAAAAAAGGCCCGGCGCUGAGGCACAGCUGGAGAUGAGGCCAGACCACGGACACCACACCCACCCAUGGAGACGGAACUGCGGAAGAACCAGGACCUGGUGGGCAGGAUCCAGGCUGCUCGCCCCCCCAUCUCCCCCUGCCCGAGGACAGAGGGGCCACCCAGCAAGCACCCCCAGCCCCAGAAAGGGGGCAGCAUGGGGAUCCAGAGGCGGAGUGAGGAAGCCCCAGGAGAGGAACCCUAGCUGGAGGAAGUGGCGCUCCCUCCGGGGGUGGCAGGGACAAUAAACACAGCCAGGCAGCUGUG